UUACAUGAAUUUUCAUUAUCUGUAGAGACCACCUAUGCUUCCACCUAUGAAUGUUCCUCCUCCAGGCUAUGCAAAUAUGGGGCCAAAUAAUCAAGCUGUCACAACAGUGAGUUCAGCAUCAGGAACAUCUGUUACUGUGUCUGGGAUUGAUCUUACUGGAGAGAUAUGGGUUGAAACAAAAAGUGCUGAAGGAAAGCUUUAUUAUUACAAUGCAAAAACAAGAGAAUCUGCAUGGACUAAACCUGAAAAUGCAAAAAUUUUAUCUCAAGAACAAAUAGAAGCUAUGGCAGCUGCUGUUGGAGUUGGGACAUCAGUAUCUACAACAACAACAGCUGCCCAGGCUGCAGUUGCACAAGCUCAGAAUGCAGUUCAACAGAAAAUAAGUCAAAAUGAGAAUCAGACAUCUGCUUCUGACACAAAUUCAUCAGACACUCAGACUACUUCAAGUCAGGCUUUAACAACUUCAAGAGAGAGUCCCAUUCCUGCAGGCACAAAUACAACUUCUGUUAAUAUUUUGCAACCACCACCAUUUGGUUUACCAUCAUAUGGAAUGCCUCCUGGUAUUCCUCCACCAGGAUUUCCUGGGUUUGCAGUACCACCACCUGGAUUUUCUGGUCCUAAUGCAGGCCCAUCACCUGGUGCUAUGACUAAUACAGUUUCAUCAUCAUCUAUGCUCAUGUCUGAUAUCAUUGAAAGUAGUACUCCUAAGUUAAUAAAUGGUGCAAUUGAUCCAGUGUUACAAGCUAAAGCAGCAGAAUGGACAGACCAUAAAACUACUGAUGGACGCACAUAUUAUUAUAAUUCGAGAACAAUGCAGUCAACUUGGGACAAACCCCAGGCAAUAAUUGAUUUAGAAAGUGCUACUUCUAAUCUUGCUUCGGCUGAAAGUACUGAAACCAUAAAUGUAGAAAGUAAUGGAACAAAUAAUAUAUCUCAAGCAUCAGUAAGUGUUCCAGUUGCUAAUGGAACUUCUAAUCAGGUGGAAAUAAAAGAAGAAAAAGCUGAAUCAAAUGAUGAAGAAAAAACAGAAGAAAAAGAGGAAAAUCUUACAAUGGAAGCAGAAGAAAGUAUUCCAAAUGAAUCAAUUAAAAAAGAGCAGAGAGAAGAAGAAUCAGAAGUUGUGAAAGAAGUAGAGAAACCUAUUGAACAAGAAAAACCAUUGGAUAGAUCCCGUCCAAUAUCUAGCACACCUGUUCCUGGGACUCCUUGGUGUGUUGUGUGGACUGGUGACAACAGAGUUUUCUUUUUCAAUCCAAGCACAAGGACAUCGGUAUGGGAAAAGCCUGAAGAGUUGAAGAUGCGCAAUGAUGUGGAUAAGAUGGUUCAAACACCACCUCAACAGCCAGAUGUUAAAAUGGAAAAAAAAGAUGAGGAUGAACCACCAGCUAAGAAGAAGAGAUCUGAUGAUGAGUAUGAAGAUAAAGUUAAAUUUCAGAUAGGUCUAGAUAAUAAGGUAGGUUCAGAGGAUGCAGCAUUAAAGAAGAAAAUGAUAGAUAUUGGAAAAGAAGCUGCUAUGGAAGCAGAAGUUCAAGCUGCUAAGGAAAGAGCUACUAUUCCUUUGGAAAUACGAAUGAAACAAUUUCGAGACAUGUUAGCCGAAAAAGAAGUGUCAGCAUUUUCAACUUGGGAAAAAGAACUUCACAAGAUUGUUUUUGAUAGGAGAUAUCUUCUUCUUACAUCAAAAGAGCGGAAACAAGUAUUUGAUCGUUAUGUGAAAGAAAGAGCAGAAGAAGAAAGACGGGAGAAACGAAACAAGAUGAAAGAAAGGAAAGAAGAAUUUCGAAAGUUAUUAGAAGAAGCUUUACUCACUAGCAAGUCAAUUUUUAGUGAUUUUGCCCAGAAAUAUGGAAAAGAUGAACGAUUCAAGAAUAUAGAGAAAAUGAGAGAACGAGAAAGUUUAUUUAGUGAUUAUCUUCAGGAAUUAAGGAAGAAAGAAAGAGAAGAACGUUCCAGUCAUCGAGAGAAAGUAAAGAGAGAUUUUAUUGAACUUUUAAAAGAACAAAAAGGAUUGGAUAAACAUUCUCGUUGGAGUGAUAUUAAAAAAACAUUAAACGAUGAUAGUCGAUAUAAAGCUGUUGAAAGCAGUUCACAUAGAGAGGACUGGUUUAAGGAAUAUGUCAGCAAGCUGACCAGUGAGGCAGAUGAAGCUGCUGCUAGAGAAAAAGAAAAACAAGAAAGGAUUGAAGCAAGCAUACGUGAACGAGAGAAAGAAGUUCAACGUACUUUAUCAUCUCAUUUACGUGAAAGAGAUAAGCAAAAAGAACAGCAUAAGCGUGAUGAAGCUGUUCAACAUUUUAAUGCCUUACUUGCUGACUUGGUUCGUAAUCCAGAUGUUUCUUGGAGAGAUGCAAAACGAACUUUGAGAAAAGAUCAUCGUUGGGAAAUGGUAGAAUCUUUAGUACGAGAAGAAAGAGAGAAACUUUUUGAUAAGCACAUUGAAGGAUUAAAUAAGAAAAAGAAGGAAAAAUUUCGUGAAUUACUAGAUGAAACACAUAGCAUUACUUUAACUUCAUCUUGGAAGGAGAUAAAAAAGAUAAUACGUGAUGAUCCUCGUUAUUCAAAAUUUUCAUCAAAUGAUCGGAAAUGCGAGAGAGAAUUUAAGGACUAUUUAAAAGAUAAAAUGGUUGCUGCAAAAGCAGAUUUCCGGGAAUUAUUAAAAGAAACUAAAAUGAUUACAUAUAAAUCAAAAAAGAUGAUUGAAGAAACUGAUCAUCUACAAGAUAUUGAAAAAAUACUACAGAAUGAUAAACGAUAUCUAGUUUUAGAAUGUAUAGCAGAUGAAAGGAAAAAACUUUUAAUGUCUUAUAUAGAUGAUCUAGAUCACAGGGGGCCGCCACCACCACCCACGGCCUCGGAACCUUCUAGGCGUUCAACUAAAUAGUUUUUACAUUUAAUAAAUUAGUGUUAUGUGUCUAAAAUCGGAACUGUUCUGUCUGUUGAUGUCCCAUCCAGAACAAUAGAAUACAUCUAGAAUAGUAAUAGUUUAAUUUUUGUGUGAUACAUGGCUUUUAUUGUCUCUUAUAUGUUUAUAUCAUUGAAUCAUUUUACAAUAUAUUUGUCUUCAUUCCAGUUAUGUUUAUGAAGGAAAUUUACAAAUAAAUGUCACAAAAA